UGGCGCUGCAGGCGGAGUGUUGUGUGAGAUGGCGGCCGCGGCGGUGGAGUUCCAGAGAGCUCAGUCUCUCCUCAGCACGGACAGAAACGCCAGCAUCGACAUUUUACACGCUAUCGUGAAGCGUGAUGUCCAGGACAGUGAUGAGGAGGCCGUGCGAGUUAAGGAGCAGAGCAUCCUGGAGCUUGGAGGACUGCUGGCCAAAACCGGACAGGCUGCUGAGUUAGGAGGGCUGCUGAAGUAUGUGCGUCCGUUCCUAAACUCCAUCAGUAAGGCGAAGGCAGCGCGGCUGGUGCGCUCCCUGCUGGACCUGUUCCUGGACAUGGAGGCGGCGACGGGUCAGGAGGUGGAGCUCUGCCUCGAGUGCAUCGAGUGGGCAAAAUCUGAGAAAAGGACGUUCCUCCGACAGGCCCUGGAGGCUCGUCUGGUUUCUCUGUAUUUUGACACUAAGCGCUAUCAGGAGGCCCUGCAGCUCGGCUCUCAGCUGCUUCAGGAGCUGAAGAAGUUGGAUGAUAAAGCUCUGCUGGUGGAGGUUCAGCUGUUGGAGAGUAAGACGUAUCACGCUCUCAGUAAUCUACCUAAAGCUCGUGCCGCGCUCACCUCCGCCCGGACCACCGCCAACGCCAUCUACUGCCCCCCCAAAUUACAGGCGGCGCUGGACAUGCAGUCCGGGAUCAUCCACGCUGCGGAGGAGAAGGACUGGAAGACGGCGUAUUCGUACUUUUACGAAGCGUUUGAAGGAAACGAUUCCAUCGACAGUCCACGCGCCAUCACAGCGCUGAAGUACAUGCUGCUGUGUAAAAUCAUGCUGAACGCGCCGGAGGACGUUCAGGCUCUGAUCAGCGGGAAACUCGCCCUCAGAUACGCCGGCAGACAGACGGAUGCGCUGAAAUGUGUAGCCCAGGCCAGUAAGAACCGGUCACUCGCAGACUUUGAGAAGGCUCUGACGGAUUACAGGGCGGAGCUGAGGGACGACCCCAUCAUCAGCACGCAUUUGACCAAACUGUACGACAACUUGCUGGAGCAGAACCUCAUCCGGGUCAUCGAGCCCUUCUCCAGAGUGCAGAUCGAACACAUUUCCGGCCUCAUAAAACUCUCAAAGGGAGAUGUUGAGAGGAAACUGUCACAGAUGAUUCUAGAUAAAAAAUUCCAUGGGAUUCUUGACCAGGGGGAAGGAGUUCUUAUCGUAUUUGACGAGCCGCCUGUAGAUAAAACGUAUGAAGCGGCUCUGGAGACCAUUCAGAACAUGAGCAGAGUCGUGGACUCGCUCUACAACAAAGCCAAGAAACUCACAUAAGAGAUUGAAGGUUGGUACCAGCAGCUGGCGGCAGGGCCGGCGUGGGGUCUGGCGUGGGGUCCCUCGGGGGGACGAGGCUGAGAUGGACUAAAUGGACCCAAACCCUGCGGGGACCUGCUGGAGCAGCUGCUUUUCACCCGGACAUUUUGAACAUUCCCUCUGGCGGACAAAAUUCAGCUCCUACAGGAUCAACUCUCUUCUUUCUCCCUCUUUAUUUUUCUGCUCACAGUUGUUUGUAUCUUGACUGCCCCCAACGGGCCAUCAGGGAAUAUUGCGACAAUAAAACGUUCACAUGCAUUAUGAUUCUAAAUGAAAUGUAUAUAUUCAUAGAUCUCGCGCUGACACAUGGACGAUCCACACUGUUGCCAACCUGAGGGCCGAUCUUUUUGGCCAUGGACCACAGUCCCGCCCCCCCAACCCCCCCUUCCCCACCACAACCACCCUCCCAUGUGUUACUGCAGGACCUGUUUGAGCCCAUCGGCCCUCCUUCUUUCUGAAGGGCGGCAUUCUGGGCGUUCUGUUUUGGCGGGGCAGAAGAGUGGAGGGAAACACCUGAACUGCC